AUGAUCUCUUCUCAUAUUAGCAAGCUGAUGAGAGCCGCCAUAGUCUCGCUGUUGAUCGGGCUCCCUGACUGGGCUGAACGAACCAACCCCGACCAAUGGGACCGAGUUGAGUUCAUGGAUCUCGUCUCCCAAGAGGUUCGGGCCCCUCUUGAAGAGAUCUCCGUGCCCCCCGAACAGUGCCCUCACGAUACUUUCACCGUGCCUAUUCAUGUCGAGCGACUUCCCGAGGAUCGCGCCAAGCUGGGCAACCUUGCGAGCUUGCCGAAUGAUGUCUUGGCUGGAAUUGUCCUGCCCCUGAUGGACUACGUUUCUGUUUCUCGAUUCUGCCAGACGUGCUCGUUUGCUUACCGUCUCGUGGCUGGGAACAACGACUAUCGGGCCCUGGUGACUCAGGUGCCGAAAAUCUUUCCCGUGCUGCGUGCCUUGCGUCUUCAUUUACGGGUAUCCCUCAAAGAUCUUUCACUUGAACUUCAUCAGAGCAAGUGUCGGGGGUGUGGCGAAAAUGGAACUCAUUUAUUUUUGCCUACCGUUGAGCGGGUCUGCUCGAACUGCCUCCGUUACAACCAAGGGUUUUGGUCGAUUUAUCUUCAGGAAGCUCAGCGGUGUUUCAACCUCGAGAACCACGAUCUCGCUCGGCUUCCUCGGUUCCGGGACCUCUUCAAUUUAUUUGAUCUCCAUGCCGUGCCAUAUUUCGCACUUGAACCAGCCCAACACCGAGUCUUCGUAGCAGUGAGAUCCGCCCUGCGGCAGGCACUCAAGGUCCACGGCUCAGUCAAGGCGAUCGAUGUCAUUGCUGAAGCGCAAUCGUUGGACUCCACGAACCCGUCAUCGACUUUGCAGCGGGUUGAAACCCACUUGUACGCUCAUCUGCGCCAUGCCACGCUUGGCACGCUCCCGCAUGAUCCAACCCAACCGCCCCCAACUGAGCCGCCCAAGGAUGUUAGGUAUAACACCAUAGUUGCUGAGAUCACCGACAGGGUCUACCAUAACGCCGCCAAUGUCAGCUUUCCUUUUGUUCCCCGCGGCCAGUCAAAGGCCGUUCAGCUAUACACCUGUAAAGGCUGUGCGGGGAUUGUGGAUCGCUUCAAGGUGAUGCCGGAUCACCGAGAGUAUAUGCGGAUCCCGAGCUGGUGCGGCGAGGCGGAGGUUCGGCGAGCAAUGGUGGGCGCAACCUUGAUCACCUACACCGAAGCGGAGCUGGUUGAGCAUGCACGCUCCUGUCUAGGUGCGGGGCUACGGAUGUACCGCUACCAGGUGCUAGAGAACCACCCGGGUGGCCUGGGCUCCGAAUUCUGA